AUGGCGGACGUCAGUCCGCAGGAACGGGAGCUUGUGGAGCAGGUGAAGACCUGGUUUACUUGUACUGAGAUGGAGGCUUUAGUGCAAACAGCAGUUCAUUUUGCAGACGCAAAUUGUGCUGUGUUCGAGCCGGAACUGGGUGAGCACAAGCUCGAGUACACUCGGCUACACAACGAAUUCAAGCAGCUUUUCGAGGACAGGCUGAAUGGGUUCCUGUCCAGCAUCGGUGCGACGCCAGAGGCGUUUUACGAAGCCUUUCAAAAGAUUGGCAAGGAGGAAGGAGGUGAAGUGCAGGGACUGGCAGAGAUCAUGUACACGUGCCUGCAGUACGAUUUCUUCUGCCAGAUCAUGUGCGAGCGGAAACGUGAGAUGGAAAUGCAGCAGGCAGCUGGACUGCCACCAGCUCCACCUCAGGGACCCGGUGGCUAUGCAGGAGAUCCGAUGGACGGCUACAGCGCAGACGGCGCUGGCCCUCCCCCAGCACCGCCUUGA